CAGGAGCGCCAAUGAACUUGGAGAAUGAACUUGGGAAGGGUGGGCACCAGGGAGGGGCUAAUGACCUGGAGGGGUGGAUCCAGGGGCACCAAUGAACUUGGAGAAUGAAAUUGGAAAGAAAGGGCGGGCACCAGGGGUGGAACCAGGGAAGCUUAGAGGGAGGACCCGGUCCCGGAGAGCAGAAUUGCAGGGACAGAAGUGUCCACUUGGCGGAAUGGAUAUAUAGGGGGCGUAUCAGGUCCAGGAGGCGGGUUCAGGUCAGGCUCCUGAGCUAGUUCCAGGGGCUAAAGAACCCGGAGGGCGGGACGGGCACUAGGGCGGGACUAAAGGACCUGGAGGGUGGAUACCAGGGGUGACGAACUCGGCGGAGACAGGGUUGGUGCCAGGGGGAACCUGGAGGACCGAGUCGCCGAAGGAGGCGGGGCUGGGGGGCGUCUACUGGGGAGCGCGCGGGAGUCCACGGCAGGCCCAGCACCGCCACCCGGCAUCUGCACCAGCGGCAGAAGGAAAGAGCUAGCCAAACAAGGGGCAGAGCUGAGGCCAAAGCCCUCGGGCAGUGGGCGUGACCUCUGUUGUCCCGCUCAAUCCCUGCACCCCUUCCCUGUUGGCUUGGACCGAUGAAGCGCACCGUUGGAGGCCAGGGAAGCUGAGGUGGUGGCUAGGGCUCUUGGUCCACCAGCGACCUCUCAAUCGCCCCUAUGGCACUGCCUGGAGCCGAGGGCACGGCAGACACGCCACGGUCCCCAGCCCGGGGCGACUCGGGGUGCUCCUCCUCCGGGAUGUGGGCCGCACUUUAUGACUACGAUGCGCGCGGCGAGGACGAGCUGAGCCUGAGGCGCGGCCAGCUGGUGGAGGUGCUGUCCCAGGACGCGGCGGUGUCAGGCGACGAGGGCUGGUGGGCCGGCCAAGUGCAGAGACGCCUGGGCAUCUUUCCCGCCAGCUACGUGGCGCCGUGUGGCCCGGUGCCGCCGCCUGCGCCACCCCUGCCGCAGCCCUGCUCACCGGUGCAUGUGGACUUCGAGCGCCUGGAGCUCAAGGAGCUGAUCGGCGCCGGCGGCUUCGGCCAGGUGUACCGCGCCACUUGGCAGGGCCAGGAGGUGGCGGUGAAGGCGGCACGCCGGGACCCUGAGCAGGACGCGGCGGCCGCGGCCGAGAGCGUACGACGCGAGGCGCGGCUCUUCGCCAUGCUGCGGCACCCCAACAUCAUCCAGCUGCGGGGUGUGUGCCUACAGCAGCCGCACCUCUGCCUGGUGCUGGAGUUCGCGCGCGGCGGGGCGCUCAACCGCGCGCUGGCAGCCGCCGCACCAGAUCCCCGAGCUCCAGGCCACCGCCGCGCACGCCGCAUCCCCCCGCACGUGCUGGUCAACUGGGCGGUGCAGAUUGCCCGCGGUAUGCUCUACCUGCACGAAGAGGCUGUGGUGCCUAUUCUGCACCGCGACCUCAAGUCCAGCAACAUUUUGCUGCUGGAGAAGAUCGAACAUGAUGACAUUUGCAACAAGACACUGAAGAUCACGGACUUUGGGCUGGCGAGGGAGUGGCACAGGACCACCAGGAUGAGUGCCGCAGGGACCUACGCCUGGAUGGCUCCUGAGGUCAUCAGGUCCUCCCUGUUCUCCAAGGGCAGUGACAUCUGGAGCUAUGGGGUGCUGCUGUGGGAGCUGCUCACAGGCGAGGUCCCUUACCGUGGCAUCGAUGGACUGGCUGUGGCAUACGGGGUGGCCGUCAACAAGCUCACACUGCCCAUCCCAUCCACCUGCCCUGAGCCAUUUGCAAAGCUCAUGAAAGAAUGCUGGGAACAAGACCCUCAUAUCCGUCCUUCGUUUGCCUUAAUUCUUCAACAGCUGACUGCCAUUGAAGGGGCGGUGGCGACUGAGAUGCCCCAGGAGUCUUUCCAUUCCAUGCAGGAAGACUGGAAACUGGAGAUUCAGCAAAUGUUCAGCGAGCUUCGAACCAAGGAGAAGGAGCUGCGAUCCCGGGAGGAGGAGCUGAGCAGAGCCGCCCUGCAGCAGAAAUCCCAGGAACUGCUGCUCAGACGCCGGGAACAGCAGCUCGCAGAGCGUGAGAUCGACGUGCUGGAGCGGGAGCUGAACGUCCUCAUCUUCCAGCUGAACCAGGAGGCUCCGCACGUGAAGAAGAGAAAGGGGAAGUUCAGGAGAGGCCGGCUGAGGCUCAAAGACGGCCACCGCAUCAGCCUGCCCUCAGAUUUCCAGCACAAGAUCACAGUGCAGGCCUCCCCAACCCUGGACAAGCGCCGGAGUUCAGACAGCGGACUCUGCAGCCCACCCAACAGCCCCUUGAUGCUCCCCCGCCUCCGAGCUAUUCAGUUGACUUCAGAGGAGAGCAAUAAACCCCGGGGGCGGAAUGUGGUCUUCCGACAGGAAGACUUCGAAGAUGUGAAACGGAAUUUCAAGAAAAAAGGUUGUACGUGGGGACCAAGCUCCAUUCAAGUGAAAGAGAAACCAGAGGGCCGAGAGCGGGUCAGGCCUCUCUCAGAUGGCAACAGUCCUUGGUCGUCUCUGUUAAUAAAAAGUCAGAAAACUACACCUUUGGCUUCAUUGUUUGUGGACCAGCCAGGAUCUUGUGAAGAGCUGAAACUUGUCCCUGAUGGAUUGGAACAUAGAAAACCAAAGCAGAUGAAGAUCCCUGGCCAGGCCUAUGUUGGUCUGCCGCUUUGUAAAGACAGCCAGAGAGAGCACCCCAUAGAGGCUGAGAGUUGGGAGGAGGAACCCUCUAAAGGUUCCCCAGUGAACAACGUGGGUGCACCCAUGCUGAGGAAGAAAGCAGAGACUGCUCUGUAUGAGUGUGGGGUGCUGUUGGCAUCGCUGGCUUUGGGCCUGGAUGUCAGGAAGCUACAUGGAGUCCAAGCCCCCAAAAAACCACCACUCAAAGAGGGAAAGAAGCAAGAAGGCACUCUUCAGUGGGUCUCUAAAUGCCAAACAAAUACCAGUCCACUUCUGAGACAGCCAUCUGCAGGCAGGGCACCCAGUGAUGACACUUCUCUCCUGGCGCCAAGUGCUACAAGCCUUUCCUUGAAGUCUUCUCUCUCCACAAAGUGCUUGCUUCAGGCUGAUGAAGAGGAGCCAUCUUUGGGGAGCACUCAGAUCUCUUGUGGUCCCACAGUGCUCACUCCAGAUCCCUGUUCUGCUACCCCAGAAAGCAGCUGCGAACUCAUCCCUGGACCAAGACUUAAGAAUGACUAUGGUGUCUUGAGAGGCAUGUCACCUGCCCUACUGGAGCAGACAGGGGAGAAGCUGCCAGCCUGUGCUACUGUAGGAGACAAAGAAUGCCAUCAUGCAUGGAUGGGAUCCAAAGAAUCUCCAUUCCUGCCUCGAGGUGCCCACGGAGACUCUGGACCACCACACUCUGCCUCACCUGGCCCUCAGAGUGAGCUGGCAAGCCAGGACUCUCCUGUGAAACCCCAAGGUGCUCUGGCCAAGCGUCAGGCAUGCCCUGCCCCACCACAAAGCCCACAUACUGCUUCGUUGAGGACAGCAUCCCCACCUGUCUGGGCCUGUGACAUGGAACAUGCAGUACCAGCCCUUGCCUGUCUCCUUGGUGCCCAGGAGAGAAGCAGGUGCCAGGCACCUUCCUUGCUGGAUGCCAAUGUGGACGAUCAGAGCAAGGACUGUGGCACAUCCUUGUGUAGAGUGAGGAGUGUGACGUGCCAACCGUCCAUCUAUGCCCUGAAGAAAGACUUUCUGACCUGAGUGCCUUUACCCUCCCAGCAUUACCACUUGAGGUGGACACGUGGAGGCACUGUGCCUUUGUGCCAUGGUUCACACUUGUGACCCAUGAGGCUAGUGGUGGAUGUGACUCUGAGGUGUACCAGUGACUGCUGUGGGCUGUCCAUAUUAUGUCCACUGGAUGCUAUUACCCAGUGACUUGAAAUGCACAGAAGCUCAGUCAGCUGAGGUGGGGUCAUGGUGGCCAGCUUCCCUGCUUCGUUCUAGUGGGUGUCCUGCCCAUGGGGACACGGCAAAACUGCAGGGACCAACCUUCUUUGCUUCCUCCCCUCAUCCUUGUUCUCUUCUCUUGUCCUUUUGAGUAUUUGUUUGUUUGUUUGUUUGUUUGUUUGUUUGUUUGUUUUUUUGUACAAUAAAAGCCAAGAAAUGGCUAUUCAUGUCUUGGCAAUAAUAAUGUGAUGUUAAGAAGUAAAGAUAUUUAUUUAUAGAAGGGAAAAGGGUUCUGUUGAUUGGAGUUAAUCUGGAGUCCUAUUUAAACCCAGAGAAAGCAGUAGCCUUGUAAUGUGAAAGUAUGUCCAGUUGACUCCUGAAUUGCACAGGAUAUCCUCUUCCAGGAGGUUCUACUAAAUGUACCUUAUAAAAGUUUGACUGAGGCCUGGAGAGAUAGCUCAACAGUUGAGCAUGCAUAUAGCUCUGUUGAAGGACCCAAAUUCAGUCCCCAGCACCCACAUCAGAUGGCUCACAACUGCCUGUGACUUCAGUUCCAGGGCAUCCAAUGCCCUCUCUUGGCUUCCACAGGAGCUGCACACAUGUACAUGCCCCCGCACAGACACGUAAUUAAAAGUCAAAAAAUUUUUUAAAGUUUUAUUGAACAUAACUAUAUUGCUAUUUUUGUGUCACGUGACUAAAAUACCCUUAAGCGGAGGAAUUACUUAUUUUGUUCACAGUUUCAGAGGGAUCAGUUCAGCCUUGAGGAGGACCUGGUUGGGUGGCUCACACCAUGGUGGACAGCAAGCCGAAACAGGCAAGGAUGCACCCUCACUGAACUUCUCUCCCCAGUUUCUAUAGCCUCCCCAAACAGUACCAUGACCUGAGGACCAAAUGUGAGCCCAUGGAGGAUGUUUCAGAUUCAGAGCUCAGCAGUAAUUGCCAAGCAUCAGCUGAGAUCAGGAACUACUGUUUGGCCGUCAUCACAUUUUGUACCCUGCACAAGGCUGCUCUGUAGGUUUCCCUGCAGAAACGUCUCUUCCUUCAUUAGUAGCCAAAGGUGUGAAAUUUCUUCACGCUGCAGCCGAGUCUUUAAAAAUUAAAUUAUCCAUGGCUAGCCGUGUUUGAAGAGCCUAUGUGCUGUGGACAUACAUAUUGUGUGAUUUUAUUUUUCUCUGAGCCUGCAGUUUUCCCAGCACUAACCACACUGCCAGCACAGGAGAUGGCAGGACUUUUUUUUGGGAGGGCGGGUUUCCACUCCAAGUCAUUUUACAUUUCAUUUAACUCCGAGUAAACUUGGGCAUCUGUGGGGCUGAACAGGCAUGGCAGGAAGACACCGCGAUUUCUGGAAGCACUUCUAAAAUGUGUCUUUGAGCUGGGCAGUGGUGGCGCAUGCCUUUAAUCCCAGCACUCGGGAGGCAGAGCCAGGUGGAUCUCUGUGAGUUUGAGGCCAGCCUGGGCUACAGAGCGAGUUCCAGGACAGGCACCAAAACUACACAGAGAAACCCUGUCUUGAAAAAACUACUAAUAAAAAAUAAAAAUAAAAAGUGUCUUUGGAUAGUAGGUGGGAUUGGAAACAACUGCAAGUUAUUUAUGCAUCACUUUCAUAAUUUCACAAAUAGAGUGCCACAUUGUUUAGACAGGGUGGCUUUUCCGGAGCUUGGUGAAUUUGCCUGGGUCUUGUGACUACCAUAAUCCCCUUCUGUCACCAGAAUUAGUUAUUUGAGAGACAGGCAGUAAAUAUUUAAAGUGUGACACACAGCAGGAAACUAAAUUAUCAAUAACCUUUUUAUUUAAAGGUGUUUUAUUUAAAGUUGUGUCUUGGUUUAUCAAAUAAUGACAGAAAUUUGAAGGGAAUGAAAUCAGGUGCGUGACAUCUGAGUCAUAUACAGGUUUGUGAGCAGGUGACCUGCAGGGAGAUCUCAUUGCCGGCUCUAGGCAGAAGGUUUCAGAUGCUUGGAGCAAAAUCUCAAGCUUUCACCCGACCCAUUGUGUUGUUUUCUGCCCUCCGAUUCUGCUUCUCCUCAGUUGUUAUUAAAUGGUGUGAGAGGGAUGUGGUUUGCUCGACAUUUGUCAUAUUGGAUAGGCCAGUGGGCUGCAUCUUUUCAACCAAUCAUUUGAAGGGAAGCUAAAAUUUAAAGAGAUGUCACAAAUACCCGGGGCAUGGAAGGGAAAUACAGAAAUGGUGUGCUUAGCUUUGCUCCUGUCCCAGCAUCCCGUGGCGUGUGCAGGUGAUGGCGAUGGUGGAAUCGGGCGUGUUAGCUGUGUUUGUCUUUGCACCGUGUCCUUUCUCACUCUGUGUUCCAGCCUCCCUUCUCUUCGUUCUGUUCAACUCUGAUGAAUUUAGAGAUGAAGCCACGCUAAAAGCGACCAUUUCAAUAUAAGGAGUCAGUCUGACUCACUGUUGCUGGGGGUUACCUGCGCUGAGGGUUGCUGAGGGCACACCUGUGGUUUUCUGUGCGCGCUCCACGCCUGGCAGAACCUGGCUGUUCAUUUUCGCUAGACCUCAGCAAACUGAGGGAUCAUUUAAUCUGGUUCCUGUUAAUCCAUACUGAGCUUUCCCCUCCCACUGCUGAGACUGACAGCUGGGGGCUGAUACGCUAUAUUCAGAAGCCUGUGGCUGACAAAAAUGUUUACAUAUGUUGUCUAUUUUUUAAUAAACCUUUUAUAGCUUGUC